AUGGGAGGGAACGUAUUUAGAUUACUCUCGGAGUUAGCUGCUAGGGAUGUCCCCCAAGUCAUAUAUUCCUAUAAAUUACGUCCAUUGUAUCGUGCAGGUGCCCUAUCUUUAUCGACUGUUCUAGUUGCAUAUAGUCUAUCUUUUGCCGAUGUUUCAAAAUUGAGUGCUUCUUUACAAUACAAGAAUGCUAACGGUGAAGAAAAGAAAGAUGCCUUAUUUUUGAUUAAAGCUUAUGGUCCCAUAGGGAUGGCAUUGAUACCAUUGACCAUAUCAAUUGGUUCGUUGUUUAUCCUAUCAAGAACUGUCACAAGAGUGAAAUAUAUCCCCCAAAUGCAACAAAUGCCUAAAUGUGAAAUCACUCGUACGUCAGCCAUCCUAGGCCGAGAGAUAACCGUGACCAGACCUAUGAAGAAUAUUGUUAGAAGUUCCAACGUUAGCAUAUAUACAGGUAAGGGACCUCAGGGGCUUGAUGAUAAGGGAAGUUUUUCAUUUUAUUUGAAGGAUCUAAGUCCCUCACUGAGGACACCAGUGAAUAGUUUAUAUAUUCUUCCUAGAUCAGGUGCAGUAUGGAAAUCUGAUGGUAGAAUAUUAUCUGCUUUAUUUGGAGACAGCAAAAAAGGUAAAAGUAUAUUAUCUGAUGAGGGAGACGAUAUUAACUCUUCGGUAGGUAAUAAAUCUUCUAAGGAAGAAAUCAUUAACUCAACACAGAAAAAUAUUAUUAUUCAGGAGAUGAUGAAAUUGAACGCUAACAAUAAGGUUAAGUUUCAUAGUAAGAGUAAGAAAGAGGAAAAGGCAAACCUCAUUAAAAAUAUUGUAAAUAACACUAAAUCCAAAUAA